UAUUUAAUGUAACGCAAAAGUCUCUGGUGUGAGGUAAAAGUAAUUUUGACAUUGGUUGCAUUUGUUGGUGUUAAAUAUGGUUUCUCUUACAUUAAAUUCGUUAAAACGCAUAAUGAGAGAAAUGGUAGAUACCUCAGGCUUCGAUAGAGUCCUGAGCAAGGUGGACAUACUGUCCACCAGCUCAGGUAAGGUGGUGUGUGAGAUGCGGGUAGAGGAGGAACACGCUAACCGGGGAGGGACGCUGCACGGCGGGCUCACAGCCACCCUGGUUGAUAUCAUUUCAACCUUAGCUAUCAUGCAGAGUGAGAGGGGAGCGCCGGGAGUCAGCGUGGAUAUGAACAUAACAUAUAUGAAUGCUGCUAAGAUGGGAGAGGACAUACUUAUCACCGCUCAGGUCCUGAAGCAAGGACGGACGCUGGCGUUUGCCACUGUAGACCUCACCAGCAAGGCCACAGGGAAGCUUAUUGCACAAGGAAGACACACUAAACACCUCGGCAGCAGUUAGUCUUCAAUCUGCAUCUAUCACAUUAAUUAUAUAAACGUAAUGUCGAAACAAAGGACUUCUGAGUGAAGUUGUGAACUCACCUCUGCCUGCAGUUUAUAAAAAUCACUGAUUGUGUAAAUAAUGUAGUAAACAGUGGUGGGAGCAAGAAGUCAGCCAAAACUGAUUUCAAAUUUGUAUCAGUGAUUCAUCCAUAUAUAUAAUAAAACAAAUGGACAAGAGUUAAGCUUUCAGAAUUUGCACUGUAUUGGGAUAUGCUCAGCAGUAUUGAUUUGAGACUCAACAGAAAAAAAACCCCAGAAGAUACACAACCUUAUACCCUUUCAACUGAACACACUGAAUCAACAAUGAGCAAAAUUAUAUGUACUUCAUAUUCUUUGACAAGCAAGCCCGCAAAACCCAAUUUUAAUAUGUGCAUGGCAGCAAAUUAUCUUAAUUUUAGUAGGUCAAAUUAAACAAGUUAUCUUUCAGCAACUUUUGUUAGGCAUGUUAAACAUUAAACCUGUCACCAUUUCAAUUUCUCAUCAACCCCCCACAUAGAACAAAAUAUGAAAUAAAA